UUUUGAUUUUGACAUGGAUGCUAUAGCAUUCCCUUCUUGCCAUAUCUACCCGAUAGGUAUUUCAUUGUGGCAACUACCAUCUUAGAAGCUAAAUAGAGUUCAGGUCAAGAUUCCGGGUUUCAUGAAAACACCCUUUAAGUGCAUAUAUUCAGUUACCCGCUCCGCCACUGAAAUACAGCUCAACAUUCUGAUUGGCCCCAGGUGCCCGAAUUGGCAAACUGGAAGCUAAAAUGUGGGGUUCACAGAUAGGAUCUACAUAGAUCCGGACCGUCGAAAUUUUGUUAUCGGGUCCCUCACCAAUUGAACAUUGACGCAACUGCGAAUUCCCGUUGCAACCAAGAUUCCGUCUUGGAGUCUCUGUGAAACUGCCAACGUCCAGGUUAAUCCUGUGAUAUUGAUGGGUGCCUUGAAUUUGGAAUUUGUCAGAGGAAAAGAUUCCUGCACCAAUUCAACAUGGCAGAUCCAACACCACCUUCGGGUAACGCAGCUGCACCUACGCCUGCACCAGCUGCAGCAAGCUCCGGAGCAGCAUACAAAGCUGCAGCUCCUAAUCCAGCUCUUCGCAUGAUGGGUAUUCCCUACUUGCCCAAGAAACUGCCAUCCCGUAACUGGAUGAUCUUUUUCACCAUCACUGGAUCCCUCUCCGCCGCUAUAAUAUACGACAAGCGCGAAAAGAAGCGCGCAACAGCUCGGUGGGCCAAAGCAGUCUCCCACCUUGCGCGAGAACCCAUCUCCGACCCCACGCAGCUUCCUCGGAAGCUCACCAUCUUUCUCGAAAGUCCCCCCGGUGAUGGUCUCCGCGUUGCGCAAGAUCACUUCACAGAAUACAUAAAACCAAUACUCUCUGCUUCAGGAUUGGAUUGGGAAUUCGUUCAAGGAAGAAAACAGGGAGAUAUAAGAGCGGCGGUUGCUGAGAGGAUACGGAGGACGAGGGAACCAGAAGCGGUAGCGCAGACAAAGGACGAAGUUAUAGAAGAAGUCAGGAAAAAGAAUAACACACCCCAAUGGCACGGUGCUAGAGGCGAUAUUGUAAUCGGACGACAUACGUGGAAGGAGUAUGUCCGAGGUAUACAUGAAGGCUGGCUAGGACCUCUUACCCCCCCACCACCGGAGCCGGAAGUAGUAGAAAAGAAAAUUGAAGAGGUAGGAGCAUCCGAAGGAAGCGAGGGAGAAAAGCAGGAGCCGAAGCCGGAAGAGAAGCCGGAACAAAAACCGGAAAGACCUCCACAGCCACUUCCGUACAACACCACCAACGACUACCCCACUUCCGCCAUACCUAUGCUCAUACCUGCCGAGUUUUCACCAUCAUCACCGAUAGGAUUUCCCCACGUCCUCGGUUUUUCUAAUACGUUUAUUCGACUACGGCGAUUCCUCAACCGUCGGUAUUUAGCGGACGACAUAGGUCGCGAAGUCGCGGCUGUCUGCCUUGCUUCAGCACGUGAGUACCGCGAAGACGCGGAUUUGUCUCGGGCUGAACAGCAAACUGCUCUUGAGCACGAAGAGAAAGACUGGGUUAAAUCGGUAUGGAAGGAUGAGAAACCCAAGGAAGACGAUAAGGAUGCCACUGCCUCCACGGCUCCUCCACCGGAAAAGAUCUGGGCGAGUCCCAUGGUCCUGGAUCCACGAAUCGCAAUGCGUAUGCGGCGAUUUGAGAUCCAACCGGAAGAAGUGGCUCGUGCCAAUGAGAUAGUUGUCCCAGAAGAGGAGGUUGAAGGUUGGAUCAAAGGCAGCUUCCGAAGCCUCUACCGAUGGGCCAUCUCAAAACCCGAGCCCAAUCCAUCCUGGCCUGACGAAUGAUCACCAGCCACAAGGUUAUUUGAUGAUCAUGAUCACCCGAGAUCCAAAUGUAAAGUGUAAUAUUAUACUUAGAAGGAUAGAUACAACGUCGCAUUUCCGGCUGGCAUACAAGAUGUGUCUGUACAACACAUCACAACGCAUUGGGUCUAUAGAGUGUCGGUGCAUAGGGGUCGGUGAUGACGCAGAAUAUGUGCCAUGCUGGUUUACGAGGUUAUUAAGGCGAUGACUUCGUGGUAGUAUAUGCGAAUAAUUAAUCACAACUCUAUGUCCAGAGCUUGAUUUCCAAGUUGAUGUUCUUGUCUGCCCACUACCACAUGUGACCCUAUAAUUCGUGAAACUCCACCUUAGGAUAAUUUGUAAGGCCUGUUAGUCGGCCAGUAUCGCAAAAUCAUAUAGUAUUGUCCUCGUUGCGAAUAACUCUUCAACUUCCACGCGCUUAGUAAGACUAAGACUUUGGAGAUGGCUUCACUAAGCGAUGAAGCAACUCAGUGCGUAUAAAACCUAAAUCUCUGUUUAGGUAAAUGCGAAUCAAUCGUCAUCGUCGUCAGAGCCAUAGUCGACCAAACCUAGGCUGGGUUUAGUUAUUACCGGAGCUGCUUUCGGUGCUGGAGGCUUCGUCU